AUGUCCCCUCCUCCGACCGGGUCGCCCAUGUCUACAAGCUCACCUAUGGCUAUGGACUCUCCUAGCUUGGAGCUAUCUUCUAACGCGUCUAGCGCCCGUCCAGCCCUUCCUGAUCCUUGGCUUUCGAUCGUUCGCCCUACGGAUGCUACUGAAUGUCCCGACAUGCCAAUGGCCUCUCGCCCAAGCAUGUCCUUUGAAGAUGGAAACAUUGCGCUGCUGGCCGGCUCUUCAUACUUUCUAGUUCAUCGCGGGGUUUUGAGUCGCCAGUCCGCUUUCCUCGCCAAGCUCGUCGGCAGCGUGUCCGCAAGUCGAUUGCUUGACGGUCACCCAAUUUUGGAACUCGACGAACAUGCGGACGACGUCUCUUUGCUGUUACAUACUAUAUACGACGGCACGUCUUCCGUUUUAGAAGGUGCCGACGUAUUCCAUGUCAGCUUCGUCCUUCUACGUCUAUCGCAGAAGUAUGAGAUCCCGCGCCUCAAGAAGGAAGCACUCGAUGUCCUGCACGAAGCUUGGCCAAGUUCGCUGGCCCUUUGGGAUCGGAGGACAUCGGCAUGCGGCGGAUCUGAUUGUGUUCGGGACAAUUCUUUCCCACACCCUAUAGCUGUAAUCAAUCUCGCACGCCAGGCCGGCGCCACUCGUCUACUACCCGCCGCGUUCUACGACCUCUCUCGUCAGCCACCCUCCCUCUCCGCGGCCGGAUACCAUUCCGAUCGGCUCGCACAGAGCGACCUCGUCUCGCUUUUCACGGGACGUGAGUUGGCAUCACGAUUUCUCUCAACCUUCGUGGUGCAGGUUCUCGAAGGACGUCUUGCUGCACACAACUGUCCUUCAAUGCGACGGUGUACGGCUGUCUUUGAGCGCAUGGCGCAGGAGGUCGUUCGUUUUUUCAGCGGCCCGGCGGACCCGCUCACGAUCAUGGGCAGCGUUCUGACCCUGCAGUUGCCCGAGGAGGAUGUGGGCCCCGCACUGGUCAUGCUCUGCGUUCCGUGUGCCGAAGCACUCGAGGAAGAAGUACACAACGCGCGUGAGAUGGCCUGGGAGAGUCUGCCGACGUGGUUCGGUGUGGAGGGACUCGAGGACUGGGGCGCCUGA